CUUCUGAAAGGGAAAAAAAAUGCAUAUCGGUUCACUUCACAUAUCCAGCUCCAGCAGAUGAACAUAGACAUAGAUACAUCACAGACGCUGAAUGCUCAGCUGAAAUGAAAAUGGACACAACACCUCAUUGCAGAAUGAACAAAGCAAGACCCAGUAGAAUCCGCAGCAGCACCACUAACAUAACAAAAUUCCCAAAAUCGUUCUAAAAACAAAAAGUAAUAAUAACACAGAACCAUGUACGAAAAAGUAGUUCUCACUUUCAUUUUCGUAUUCCUUCUCAUAAUUUCCUAUUCAAUUUUCAUGGGAACCCUCGACAUUAGAUCUUACUUCUUCCCUCACUUAAAAUCACCAACCCUCGAACCCGCUCCAUGUUCACCCGACCCGCCUCUCCGUGUCUACAUGUACGAUCUCCCUCGCCGUUUUAACGUCGAAAUGAUUACUCACCGGACCGCGUCGGAAUCUCCCGUCACCGUUAAGGAUUGGCCGCCGUGGCCGGAUAAUUGGGGGUUGAAGAAGCAACACAGUGUGGAGUAUUGGAUGAUGGGUUCGCUUCUUCAUGAAGGGGAAGAUGGUGAGUCCAGAGAAGCUGUUAGGGUUUUCGAUCCGGAAUUCGCGGACGCUUUUUUUGUUCCUUUUUUCUCUUCGUUGAGCUUUAAUUCCCACGGUCAUACUAUGACGGAUCCUGCUACGGAGAUUGAUCGUCAACUGCAGGUUGAUGUGAUGGAAUUCUUGACGAAAUCCAAAUAUUGGCAGAGGUCUAGAGGCAGAGACCACAUAUUUCCUAUGACACACCCCAAUGCCUUUAGGUUCCUAAGAAAUCAAGUGAAUGAUACUAUUCAAGUUGUUGUGGAUUUUGGUCGCUACCCCAAGGGCAUGUCUAAUUUGAACAAAGAUGUAGUGUCCCCGUAUGUGCAUGUUGUGGAUUCUUUUACAGACGAUGAACCUGAAGAUCCGUACGAGGCUCGCUCCACACUGCUUUUCUUUCGAGGAAGGACUUUCAGGAAAGAUGAAGGCAUUGUCCGUGCUAAACUGACAAAGAUAUUGUCUGGUUACAGUGAUGUUCACUAUGAGCGAAGUGUUGCAACAGGAGAAAACAUAAAAGCGGUAUGCUAUUUGGCUAUAUAAUUGAUUGUUGAUUCAUAUGUUGCUUUUGUACUCAGAAUAUUAUUGCUAAUCAUUUCCUAAGGUUGAAAGCUCGACUUUACAA